AUGGAUACAAGAUUUACGUUUGCAGAAUUAUUAACUUCUCCGAUUCCACAGCAUCACAACACUCAUGGUCAAGAAAAGUUAGAUUAUUAUUACUACAAUCCAUAUCAGCAACAUCCGCAUCCAACACAAUGGGGCGCUAUGCCUAAUUUCUAUACCCAAUCCGUAGUUCCACCACCAACACCUCAGCCGCAGCCAAUGCAACCAAUGCCAUCGUCCUCUCCUCCUCCCUUGUUACCUUCUCCAUCACCGCAACAGCCUCAGCAACAAAGAACUCGGGGACGCCGAGUAUCAAAUUUACCUAACCAAGGUCUUCGCAUGUUUGCAUGUAAAUCAGAAGGAUGUGGCAAAGUUUUUAAGAGAUCUGAGCAUUUAAAGAGGCAUGUUCGAUCUAUUCAUACCAUGGAAAAACCUUUCAAAUGUCCAUAUCAGAGUUGUAACAGGCGAUUUUCUCGAUCAGACAACCUGAAUCAACAUAUCCGUAUACACAGACAUUCAAAAUCAUCACUUUCCUCUUCUGCUUCUCCUCCCUCUAUAUCCAAUUCCUCGUCUACUACAACUACAAACAACUCUUCUUCAUUGCCAUCCCUUUCUCAAUACAACAAUUCUUUGUACUAA